AUGUCUAAUCGAAAGGAAACCAUUCCUGGCUCCUCCAAACCCGGACGAGCUUCUUCUAAACGAUUCCCUUCCCUCGGUAAAACCCAAAAGGUCACUCCUGAAACCCAAAAUACUCCCAAUACUCAACUCAAAUCAACCCCUACCCAAGCCACACAGACCACCCGCAAACCGUCUUGGUCAUCCCUGUCCCCCCGUCCUUCUUUCUUCUCCCUUCCACCUCUUCCAAACCCUUUGGCAUCUUCCAACUUAGCCACUGCCCAUCGUCGAGCUGGUAAAUCCGCCAGAGCAUUACAACAACUCAUCGUCCCUUCUCCUCCUAUCGCUCAGGUCCAAAAUGAGAAAUCGUGGUUCCUUUCUUGGGAUUUAUUGGACAGUGGGGAGAAAAGGAGUACAGUACCAUUGCGAGAAAAAGAUGUGAGUAGGUUGAGGAAACAAUUAUUAGAUCCUACUCAAGCAGGAGUUGUUAUUAAAAAAGUACGAUCUUUACCAUUACCUCCUGUACUUUCCCCUUCUGAAGUCGAAGCUUUGCCCCCUUUAUUGGACUCUUCGACAUUACCUCACCAUCCUACUCUAUCUAUCGCUGGAUAUGAUCUUUCAACCAAUCCUCCUUCUCCUGAGCCAACACUUCCAGUUGAUUCAUCAACAACUCGUUCCGCUCGUUCUGCCUCUUCGACUAGUACCUCAUCAUCUAAACGGAAGAGUUCAAUAUUGAAAAAAGAAAGAAAUAGCAAGAUCAAAAUUCAAGACCUUCCAACCAUCGGAGCAGGUCCAACGAGGGCGGUAUGUCUGGAUGUUACCGAACCUCAAGCCGCUUCACUCAUCCUCCAAGCACGCAAGUCUCAUUUACAAGGCCAACUUCCAAACCAGACUUCUUCUACAGGAUCAAAUUCAAGACUUCCUGUUCUUCUGUCUCUUCUUCAACAAACUACAUCUUUAACAUCUGCACAGUUCCCGCAUUCACGCCAAUCUCAUCAUCUUUCCUCCUCGUCACGCGGGUCUCAUUCAGGGGUUUGGAGAAGAGAUGAUAAUGAUGAGAAAGCAGUGACUGAAGGGAAAGCGGUUUUACCAUUCGGUUUAUUGAUGCCUCCAUCAGCUAUGAGUCUUCAUAGACCUUUGGCUGGAGCUUUACCUACUCCCGAAACUCUCAAAAGAGGCUUUGAGGCUUUGUUGAAUGCUGAAGGAAAGGUGUACAAUUGGGGAACGCCGAGUCAUGUGGGAUUGUCACCUCCUGAUGACAGGAUGAGUGUAUAUACUUAUUGGUGGGGUUUCGAACUCGUCCUCCCACCACCGACUUUAGACUACUUGAACCAAGUGAAAGAGAUCUCGGUGGCUCUUCUCACUCUACUAGGAGUGAUAGUUUAUGCCGUUCCGGGUGGUACACGUGAAUUAGCUCCUUUCGUAGGCGUAUUGAGUCGCUAUAUCGAGACGGAAUGGGCUUUGUUAAAAGAUCAAGAUCAAGGUCAGGGUGUUGUAUGUGGUGCUACUUGGUUCAUACCCGCCGCUGUUGUCGCCCGACCAUGGGAUUUUGACUCACCAGACGAUAUAGAUGAGAUGAAUGAUUCUGAAGAGACUUUGGCAGUUAAGACCACUGAGAUAAAGGGUGAAGUGGUGCAAAUGCUUGCCAACAUCCUUCGAGAUGCUCAAUGUUACUCUAUGGAUCUAUGA